AUGUCACAGGAGACAGACAGUAAGCGGUUGGUCGUGGUAGUGCCCAAUGAAACCUCCUUCCAUCCCCGCCGGGCCUACACCAGUGAAGAUGAGGCAUGGAGGUCGUACCUGGAGAACCCCUUGACGGCGGCCACCAAGGCCAUGAUGAGCAUCAAUGGCGACGAGGACAGUGCAGCCGCCCUGGGUCUGCUCUAUGACUACUACAAGGUUCCCAAGGACAAAAGGGUUUUAACCGUACCUAAAGUGGUUGAAAUUUCAGAGGAGCAGGAAAAGAGGUCAGGUGAGGCAGAGGCAGUUGACAACCGUGUCCAGGUCCUGAAGUCAGUGCCAGUGAACCUGUCCCUCAACACUGAGCAUCUGGACUCCAAACGGGACCAGUGUGGUGCAGAGGGGGCUGAAGCGGGUGCUGUUACCAUGGUGAAGGCUGAGGUUUACACUCCAGUGUUCAUGGGAGCUGGGGCGGUCCACUACCGUCCGGAGGGGGACGAGCACGCGCGGGUGGUGUACGAGCAGAGCCACACCUACGAUGCAGUCACACUCAGCCACGGGGCUUAUGGGAAAGAUGAGCAGCGCAGCUCACCUGACAGCACCUAUGAGGAGGACAACAACGGGAAAUACCGGUCUUCAUCGAUGGGAGCUGAAGAUUUUGUGUUUCAGCAGUCAGAUGUGGGUAUUGACACUUUUCAGUACACCCUUGAAGCUAGCAGGUCACUGCGUCAGAAACAGGGAGAGGGGCCCAUGACGUACCUGAACAAAGGGCAGUUUUAUGCCGUGACCCUGAAUGAAACAGGAGCCGAUAAACGCCUGAGACACCCCAUCAGCAAAGUCAGAAGUGUGAUUAUGGUGGUGUUCAGCGAGGAUAAGAACCGUGAUGAGCAGCUGAAGUACUGGAAGUACUGGCACUCACGCCAGCACACGGCUAAACAGCGUGUCCUCGACAUCGCUGACUAUAAAGAGAGCUUCAACACCAUUGGGAACAUUGAGGAGAUCGCCUACAACGCCGUAUCUUUCACUUGGGACGUGAAUGAAGAAGCCAAGAUCUUCAUCACAGUGAACUGUCUUAGCACGGACUUCUCCUCUCAGAAAGGAGUGAAGGGCCUUCCUCUCAUGAUCCAGAUUGACACCUACAGCUACAACAACCGCAGCAACAAGCCGCUGCAUCGAGCCUACUGCCAGAUCAAGGUCUUCUGUGACAAGGGUGCAGAGCGAAAGAUCCGAGAUGAGGAGAGGAAACAGAACCGCAAGAAGGCCAAAGGUCAGUCUUCUGUUUAUCAUCUUAUCAACAUGCUGAUCAACACUUGUCUGACAAGAAACAACUCAAAAACUAAACUGCAAUUCCUCCCUCAUCCAUCAGGCAAAGAUGGGAGUAUGGGGGUGAUCGCCCUCCCCAAGAAAUCUGACGCAACGUUCUUCAAAACAAUGACGGACCUGGAUUCCCAGCCCGUCCUCUUCAUUCCAGAUGUGCACUUUGGUAAUCUGCAGAGAGCCGGACAGGUGUUCACCUUCAAUACAGAAGAGAUAGAGAGGGAAGGUGUCUUGGUGAAGCGGAUGUUCCGGCCUGCUGAGGAUGAAUUCUGCCCGCCGCCUCACAAACAGGUCAAAGAGGAGACACAGAAGAGAGUUUUGCUCUACGUGAGGAAGGAGGCUGAUGAGGUGUUUGAUGCCCUGAUGCUCAAGUCUCCCACACUGAAGGCACUCAUAGAAGCUAUUUCAGAAAAAUAUGGAGUGCCCCUUGACAGAAUAGCUAAGAUCUACAAGAAAAGCAAAAAAGGGAUCCUAGUGAACAUGGAUGACAACAUCAUCGAGCACUAUUCAAACGAGGACACUUUCAUCCUGAACAUUGAGGGUUAUGCAGAUGGCUACAAAAUCACUCUGACGGAGAUCUGACACGGCUGAUUGGUCAGACGAAGAGGACUGCCGCAUUUCAAUCAAUCCCACUCAAAUGCUCCAGUUAGCCCAGUCCCAGUCCAGAUGGAGAGAGGGGCGGUGGAAGAGGGCACUGAUUGAAGCCUCUUCAAACUGCUGCCAUGUUCUGUAAAUGCUCCCGCGGUAAUGGAACCAGCCAAAUAGUCUGUCUACUUAGUUACCGAGGAAACAGAUUGAAUUGUAGAAAUUGUUUUUGUGGACCCAUCUAAUGCUUUGGACAUUUGGGGAGUUGAUACAAACAGAAUCUAUUUGAGCAGUCUAUUUAUAUAAGGCCAUGUAGUCCUUUCAAGUAAUUCAACUUAAAAAAAACAGUGAAGCUAUGAAUUUACCCGCUACCUGGAAAUUGAACACAACUCAACAUGAUGAUUGUGUUGGCGUUGGAAGCAUGUUCAGCUCAAAAAGCUUUUGCCUUUUUUUAGUACAGUGUUUGUCGAGACAGCUUGCUAGUAUUCAAAGUAUCAAAAAGCCUGAAUUCUUCAUAAGGACCUAACCGAUAGAGUGCCUAACCCCAACCCUAACAGAUAGAGUGCAUGUAUUGUCUUAGAUUAGUGUCCUAGUUUUGGACCUACCAAGAAGAAGUUUGGAUGCUUUUUUUAAAUUCAUUCAGAACUUCAGUCUUACUACAGAGUCGCUGGUCUUGAAGUUUUCAGUUUUAUUUGUAUUCCAGUGUGGCCUGUUUGUGUUUGUGUCUUUUGGAUAUGUAUGGAGACGGUUUUUAAAGAUAUAUUUUGUUAAUUAACCAUGUACAGUCGUGUUGUAUUUAGGAUCUGCAAUUAGUGUGGUUAACUAUGAUAGAGUGCACAAUAGCAGUUAUAGUUCAAAGCACUCAAAGAGAUGGUGCUCUUCAGCGGUCCCAACCUAUUCAAAAUGGAACUCAGACUUAGAUAGAAAUGCACUCCUAACUCCUUUUGUGUCCUUUUAUUUCAUAAGUAGAACUCUCAAGUUGGUCACAACACUUUCACAGGAUUUAAUUCAGGCAUUCAACUUCCUGACUUUAGAUAGCUCAUGGAUAUGCUUCGGUUUUCCCAUUUUAUUUAAUGUGAUUUUGUUUCUGUGCAUCGGUGUGAAUGUGGGAGCCUUGUGCUCAACUGCCAAAAGUUGAAUGAAAGUGAAAUGGUCAAACAGCACCACCUACCAUGUCAGGUGCAUUACGACUAGUGAACCCUCCCUGGACUUCACUAUAUCUUACACCAUCACACAUGUGAUGUUCUCUGUGUGUGGGAUAUGUCUUCACUAGAUCUCACACAUGUGAUGUUCCCUGUGUGUGAUAUGUCUUCCAAACUGCUAGGUCAAGAUAAUGAGCAAUAGGGCACUUGUUACAGUACUAUUAGAUAUUUUAAUAAAAUGUUUGUGAUGUAAAUAGCAACUUCUGGAAAUUGUAUAAACCCAUGUUGUGGUAAUUGUGACUGUGUUUUUAAAAAGAAGAUAUUUUGAAAAUAAAUAUAUGGCAGAAAAAAAAACUACAGAAAAUGUUGUGUAAUUAUUUUUCUUUAUUUAUUAGAUAACCAAAACAGAUGUCUGUGUUCAGAAUCUACACUGACACAAAGUACAAGUUACAAAAUCUACAAAAUGGGAA